CCUUCUGUUAGACAAGUUGGGGAGGCUCUCCUUUGGCAGACCAGCUCUUGCUUUGCCCCUGUGGCAAAGGAUCUCAUCUACUAAGAAGAAUAACCAUGGCUGGCAGUUCAGAAAAUACACAGGGCAUCCUUGUUAUCUAUGAAGAAGCUGCCAAGGAAUGGGCUCUGUAUUUAAAAUCAAUUUUCAAGCACAUUGUAUUAGAAGACAAUAUCUUACUUUACGACUUAGAAGCUGCAUUGAUUCACCAUUCAGAAGUGCCAUUUCUUUGCUCUUACGGAUGCAAACUGUUGAUAAUAUCAAACGGUCUUUUAAAGGGCCUGAAUGUGAAAAAAAGAUAUUUUCUGAACAAGAUUCUUCAGCCACCUGAAAGGGUGUCCGUUUUGCUUUGUGGGGUAGAAGAUUCAGACCUUAUCUAUCAAUUGCUGAAUAUAGACAAAUGUAACCAAUUGAUGACCACGGAUCAAGGGCCGGAAGAUUAUCUCGCUGUUAUAUCUGAUAUUAUUCAACAAGGUGCACACGAUCCCUUAUCUUCGGACCUAGAAAGGAGCUUGAGGCUAAAUGAUGGAAGUGUGGAAAUUGUGGAGGUGAACGAGAUGGUGGGAAGGCCAGAGGUGUUAGUGUUGCCAAAAAGGAUCCCAUGCGAGUGUCCUGGAGAGAUCUUCAUUAUUUUAAGAGAAGAUGUUCCUGGAGAUUCAGUAGUCAUUGAAUUUAUAACGGAAAAUGAAUGGAUCAGGAUUGAACCAGAUUUUUGGAAUCAGAAAGUCAGGUUCAUCAAAGCUCUAGAUUUUCCUGCUGGCUUUGUAAAUGUAAAUAUCUACUGUGGAGGGGACAUUAAAGCCACAGUGCAGAUUGAAUACUAUUCAACAGUGGGAGAGCUUGAACAGAUGCUUCAGAAAGUGGCUGAUCCAAUUGCAUUUGCCUGUCAGGCUUUCAAGUUUUCAUCAGCAGAGAAAAUGGAUAGCAUUCUCACACUCUUGCUGAAAAGUUCAAUCAUUUCUCAUGGUUUUAGCAGCUUUCCAAAUGAAGUCACAGAUCAUGACCAGGAAACUGAUUCACAGUUAGAGGAACUUCCCACUCUUUUCCAUUGUGCAGCUAAAUUUGGAUUAAAGAAACUUGCUGGACUUCUUCUCCAAGAUCCCAAAGCCAUUCAAGCGUGUAGCAUUACUAACAAGUAUGGAGAAAACCCAGCUCACAUUGCAAAAAAGUAUGGCCAGAAAGAAAUUUGGAAGGUCCUUAAAGAAUUACCAAUAAGUGAAGACAAAAACACAAGUGGUGAGAAGGAAAUAAAUGCUGAGGAUGACAUUUAUGUGUUUAUGAUGAGCUCAGAUUCUCAUUCUAAUGGACUUGGCAGCCCAAGCAUAGAAGAACCACCUGGAGCCUGUUUGGAAAUCCAGAAGAAGAAAGGGAUGAAUGCUGAUGCAGAACUGGAAGAAUAUAAUGAGGAAGGAAUGGUAGAAAAAGAAGAAGGAAAUAAAUUAGAAGAAAAUGCAUGUCACUUGAGAAAUAGCUUGUAUAGUAAUAUACUUCGAGAUGUCCCAGAAGUAAAGAGUGAAAACAUCAGUUUCUCUGAGGGACCACCCUUGCCACCCCGAAAUCAAUUUCUUGCCAGUAAACAAAAUGAAUUUUUCUACUUGUAUUCAGCCUUGAAAAAAGUGGAAGGCCAAGUGGAAAAUAAGGGGACAGAGGAGGAGCCUAAGAUAAAUGAUUGUUGUGAUGAAAUAGAUGAGGAAGAUCCAUACACUUCUGCUGAAGUAAAUGAUGGUGUAUAUGAUGCCAUUAUGGAGAACAAGCUUCAAGAGCAAAGGAAAGACGGUAGAUCCUUUAUUAUGAAUCGGCCACCUGCCCCUGCCCCACGUCCUUUGUCUGCUGCUGUGAAAGAGGAGGGCACUUCUUACAUAGCUCAAGUCUUUCAGCAAAAGGUGACUAGGACUCAUGCUGGUAAUGAGAAGCUGUUGAAUGCUGUCAGGAAACCAGAUAGAAGUUAUGAAGACAAGAUCACAUACACCACUGUCAAGCCCAAUAUCCCACCAAGGCAGGAAGAACACAUCUUAUUCCAACAGCAACUGAAAAAGGGAAACAGUUCCAUGGAUGAUAUGCAGAAACUCAAGCUCUGGCAAAUUCAUACAAGUAAAACGGAAACCACUCAGCAGGUGAUGGAUUAUUUCAAGGAGCAGCUCAAAACAGAUGAAGAAACUGGACUGUAAAUUCCUUUACAGCAAGGAUCAUCAAACUGUGAAUCAAGUCCUCCAAUCAAUUGUGGGAAAGUUGUUAAGGAAAUAUCUGAACUUUGUUGGCACUGAUGUCUUGAUUUAUUGAUAAGAAUUUAUCUGGAUAGUCUUUGGUUUAUUCUGACAAGUAUUCAUUCUGACAGCUGUUGCAGGAACCUAGAAAAUUUCCUGGCAGACCUCUAUAGGGGCUAUUCCCCAAUAAACAGGGAGGAGAAAUUCUUUGGACUUGAUUCUUUUUCAUAGUUAUGCAACUGAUUCCUUUUGUAUUAUUUAUUUAGCGUAUGGUGAUGUUACAAUUAGCCAAGAGGCUACAGUGUUAGUACAAAGUAGUGGCUGCUGAUUCCUUUUGUAUCUUAUUGGCACAUUGGAAUGUAAUCCUGAACCAAAAUCCAAAUGAACAAGGAAAGGUAUCUGUUAGGAAAAAAAAAUCCCAAAAUAUUUAUAUUAGAGCAGGGAUGUCAAACUCAAUGCCCAUGGCUAGAUCCAGCCUGCAGGAUGCUUAGAUCUGGCCCACAGGGCUGCCCUGGAAACAGCAAAGGCCUGGCCCGCAGUGCCUCUGUCAGUGAAAACGGAGCCCAGGAGGGCUGUGUGAGGUCCUCCCAAGGUCCUUUUUCACUGGCAGAGGGUUGCAGGAGGUUGUCGCAGCCGAAAACGGAGCUUGGGUGCCCAUUUUCACUGGCAGAAUGCUCAGGCCGCCACAGGUACCCCAGCACAAGUGACGCUGAGCUGGCCACACCUUUCCUGGCUCCCUGAGGUCAAACACAACUCUGAUGCGGCCGUCAAUGAAAUCGAGUUUGACACCCCUGUAUUAGAGGAAUAUUUGAGUAAAAAAAUAUUCCAUAGGGUAAAAUUGGUGGCAAAACUGCAUGUCUUAUAACUAUAUGCCUCUUAUAAAAUGUUUCUGUUAUGCAUAAUAAAACGCAAAUGUUUUUAUACUAACACUUUCUGUCCAAAUUACCAAAGAUACACUCAGAUUACCAAACCAGAAAAGAUCACUCAAAUCAAAUCAAAUGAAAUCAUUAUUGCAAUAAUAGAUCAGCAUAAGGAGGGUGAGUUACAGUCAUUAAAAAUCAUAAAGAAUCUAAGAGCAUAAAAGGUUAGUAUGUGGAAGACCAGCAAGUUUUAGAACAUUGUAUGUGGCAAACUAAAUACUCAUUAAAUCUAAUUUAUAGUGCAAGUUGUAAUUUGAUAAAUUUUGAGUGUUACUGAACAUUGUAUGUUGUAGCAGCAUUGGUAUCUGAAAGCAACAAGGUAGUGUAUAUACAUAUGCAUACAUACAGAAACACACACACACACACACACACACACACACACACACACAUACCAGUUGGAUUUUUUUUUUCAUUCCUGACCAACAGAAUCACUUUUAUUCACAAUUAAGAUGAUAAGUCAUAUUACAGGUAGUCCUUCACUUACAAACACAACUAGGACCCAACUUCCCCAAGCUGGUUGCCAAGCCCCUGAAUCAUAAUCGUGUGACCAAAGAGACACUGUGAUAGUUGUACGUGCAAGAACCAUUUACAAGUCAAAUGUCUAUGGAGCUUCUCAAUCAUCCAGGUCACGGUUAUCCCAAAUGUGCAUGUAUAAGUCACUUUUUUCAGUACUGUUGUAACUUUGAAUGGUUUUUAAAUAAAUAGUCA